AUGGGUUUUAGAGACCUUAGAGUGUUCAAUGAUGCUCUUCUGGGUCGGCAAGCUUGGAGACUGGUUCGUGAGCCUCACUCGCUUCUGGCGCGAGUCAUGAAAGCUAAGUAUUACUCCAAUUUUGAUUUUCUAGAUGCCCCUCUUGGAGUUUCUACUAGCUAUACAUGGAGUAGUAUAUGGAGUUCGAAGGCCCUUUUAAAAGAAGGCAUGGUGUGGCGAAUUGGAAAUGGUACGAAUGUACGCAUUUGGGAGGAUCCUUGGCUACUUGAUGAAUUGGGGCGUUUUAUCACUAGUGAGAAACAUGGUGACCUGACUAUGGUUAGUGAGCUCAUUGAUUUUGAUCGAAUGGAGUGGAAGGUGUCUCUAAUUGAAGCACUUUUUAAUGAUAGAGACAUAAAGUGUAUUUUGAGCAUUCCCUUGAGUUCCAUCCCGAUGAAAGAUGAAUUGACAUGGGCUUUCACAAAUGAUGCACAUUACUCGAUGGAGGUAAGUCCGAAAGUUAAACACUUCCUUUGGCGUUUAUGCACUAAUACCUUGCCGGUUCGCAGUUUACUUAAACACCGACACAUGCUUGAUGCUGACGAGUGCCCCCGCGGCUGUGGUGAACCAGAAACGCAGUCUCAUGCAAUUUUUGGUUGUCCAUUUCUUCGUGACCUAUGGGUGGAUAGUGGAUGUGAAAGGUUUCGAACUUUGAUCUCUGCUACAUCUUUGUUUGAAGGACUUGCUAACUCCCAGGGCAUGGAUGAAGGAGUGCGCACUAAAGGAGCUUUUUUGGCUUGGGUUUUAUGGAGUGAGAGGAAUGCUCUUGUGUUUAACGCUGUCACAACGCCUCCUCCCUUUUGCUGGCGCGUGUGGCUCGGUUGGUGGAAGAACACGGUUCCUAUACUGCCAGGAUCUAUUCUCCUCGCAACAGCCUUGCUCCCUCAAGCCCCCGAGUCUGGGCUGCACCUCCGACGGAAGUAA